AAUCGGAACCAGGGACCCAAAUCACAGGAACAACCGCCCUUCUCCUGUGGUUCUUCUCUCUCUCUCUCUCUCUCUCCACAACCAAACACACUCUCCAUUCCCCCUACUUCUUCCACUUCCAAAUCACGGGAAAAAAUACUAACUUUUCCGAGUUUUGUAUCACAUUUGACGGUGGUGUUUGGUGAGGCGAAGAACCUUUUUAAUUAAAUUCCUCUUCUUUUCCCCCGUGAAAUCUCACCCCUCUCUCUCUCUCUCUCUAGGGUUUUCAUUCACGGAUUCUCGGAGAAAUUCGAUAGAAUAAUUUCAGGGAAUUUAUUUCAAUUCUUUGUUGUCAUAAAAGUCGCGGCUGACCUUGUUUUUUUUGGUGGAAUGAAGAAGCGGCGGCGAUGAGGAGGUGUGGAGGGGAGAAAUGGAGAUUAGAUCCGAGGGUGGUGGUGGUUGUGUGCAGGUUAAGUGCGAUAAUAAGGUUCCUCCGGCGCAGGUUAUACCGAGGACCCGAUUGCAGGUGUGGUUCAUCAGGGUUUGUUCCAGCAUUCUGAUAUGGACGUGUUUGGUCCAGCUCAUGGCCGUGGGCGAGCUGUGGGAGCAGCCGCGUCGUGUGUCGAACCUCACGAACGUCUUGAUCCGUGAACCGGCGCGGCCUCUUGUCGUAGCGAGGAACUACAUAAGCAAUGGUUUUCUAAAAGUCUCUUGCAAUGGAGGGUUGAAUCAAAUGCGUGCUGCGAUUUGCGAUAUGGUGGCAGUUGCUCGUCUUCUGAAUCUGACUUUGGUUGUUCCAGAGCUUGAUAAGACGUCAUUCUGGGCUGAUCCUAGUAAUUUUGAUGACAUCUUUGAUGUGAAACACUUCAUUGACUCACUAAGAGACGAGGUUAGGAUUGUCAGAAGGUUGCCAAAAAGGUUUAACAGGAAAUAUGGAUACCAACCACUACAGAUGCCUCCUGUAAGCUGGUCAAAUGAAGAGUAUUACUUGCAAAAGGUUCUACCCCUCUUCAGUAAGUAUAAGGUGAUGCACUUCAAUAGAACAGACACACGUUUGGCAAACAACGGGAUUUCUCUCGAUCUUCAGAAACUCAGGUGUCGUGUCAAUUUCCAGGCACUAAAAUUUACUCCUGAGAUUGAGGCAUUGGGAUACAAAUUGGUACAGAUUCUUCAAUCAAAGGGACCCUUUGUAGCAUUGCAUCUGAGGUACGAGAUGGACAUGUUGGCUUUCUCAGGUUGUACACAUGGCUGCACUCAGGAGGAAGCAGAGGAGCUGAAACGUUUGAGGUAUGCUUUUCCUUGGUGGAGAGAGAAAGAGAUAGUGUCUGAAGAGAAGAGAUUACAAGGUCUGUGUCCCCUUACCCCAGAAGAGGCGACAUUAGUUCUGCAAGCAUUGGGUUUUGAUAAAGAUAUGCAAAUAUAUAUUGCAUCUGGGGAGAUUUAUGGCAGUCAAAGGAGACUUGCUGCAUUAAGAACUGCAUUUCCACGAUUUGCGAAGAAGGAAAUGCUGUUGGAACCAGAAGAACUCCAACAGUUCCAAAACCAUUCUUCUCAAAUGGCAGCCCUUGAUUUUAUGGUUUCAGUUGCCAGUAAUGUCUUCAUACCUACUUACGAUGGGAACAUGGCAAGACUUGUGGAGGGUCAUCGCAGGUAUCUGGGGUUCAAGAAAACCAUCAAACUUGACCGGAGAAAACUCAUAGAAUUGGUGGAUUUGCAUCACAAUGGGACUUUGGAUUGGGAUGAGUUCUCAUUUAGUGUCAGAAUUGCACAUGGAAAAAGGAUGGGACAGCCAACUCGUCGUUUAGUUAUGGUAGACAAGCCCAAGGAAGAGGAUUAUUUCUAUUCGAACCCACAAGAGUGUCUUUGUGGUGGAACAAGUUGCGAUGACUUGUUAGGUUCUGGUAAUAUUUCCACAAUCCAAUGAGAGGCAUUGAUUUUGCUUUACACGGAAGUAAAAGCUUUGAUUAGAAGAAUGGAAAUGAAGGAUACUCCCCGCCUAAUGGAAUUUACGGUAAAUGACAUAAAGAAAGUCCGGUGCCUAGAGCUUUUACACGGAAGUAAAAGUUUAGAUCCAAAAAAGUGUGCUACCUAGAGGUGCGGUGGUGUUAAUUGUUGAUGAGCUUUGUAACAUGUGGCAACGAAGGGUUUUGAAAGUUUCCCUUCUGGGCACAUAGAGAUGUAUUCAUUCCUUUGUCUAUAGUUAUUUGUCUUCCUCCUGGUCGAUUGGUAUCAGAAAUUUGCAGCAUUUUGUUUAGUUUCGAAAGCUCAAUUGAAAUAUAGUAAAAUGUGUCAUUAUUGUUGAAUGAA